UCUGCUAAAAUUCACCGUUGUAUACUUGUAUUCCCUCCCAUUCAUCAAUUUCCCAAAAGAAGCAAAAGGGUUCCUUCCUCCUCCUCCAAAGCCUCUACCAGCUUCGCGAAACUCCGCUGUGCUACCGCCAUCGACGAACCUCCUCCCCAUUGCUGCCGGCGGCGCUAGUCAAUUAUUUAGCCUGAGGAAACAACUGAAAAUUUUAUGUAAGAUAGGUGUUUGAUUACUUUUCACACUCGGCAAAAUUGAAGCGAACACUUAAAGAUCAUAGUUCUCAAGUAUCCGAGAGCAAAAAGGUAAUUCCAUAUAACAGGAAUGGUGUUCGGUCAGAUAGUGAUUGGGCCGCCGGGUUCCGGCAAAACCACUUAUUGCAAUGGCAUGUCUCAGUUCCUCCAACUCAUUGGCCGCAAAGUUGCUGUAAUUAACUUGGAUCCCGCAAAUGAUGCUUUGCCAUACGAGUGUGCUAUUAAUAUCGAGGAUCUAGUUAAACUGAGUGAUGUGAUGGUUGAGCAUUCUCUUGGUCCCAAUGGAGGUCUUGUAUAUUGCAUGGAUUAUCUUGAGAAGAACAUUGACUGGUUAGAAUCCAAGUUGAAACCUCUCCUUAAAGAUCACUACUUCCUCUUUGAUCUCCCGGGUCAGGUGGAGCUAUUUUUCCUUCAUUCAAAUGCCAAAUCAGUGAUCAUGAAACUCAUUAAGAAAUUAAAUCUCAUGUUGACUGCAGUACAUUUAGUUGAUGCACAUCUAUGUAGUGAUCCUGGAAAGUAUGUGAGUGCAUUGCUUUUGUCAUUAUCAACCAUGCUACAUUUGGAAUUACCCCAUGUCAAUGUUCUGUCCAAGAUUGAUCUUAUUGAAAGUUACGGAAAGCUAGCUUUUAAUCUGGACUUCUAUACAGAUGUACAAGAUUUAUCUUACUUGCAGUAUCAUCUUGAUCAGGAUCCACGGUCUUCUAAGUACAGGAAGCUUACAAAGGAGCUCUGCGAGGUGGUAGAAAAUUUUGGACUUGUGAAUUUCACAACAUUGGAUAUUCAGGAUAAGGAGAGCGUUGGAAAUCUCGUCAAAUUGAUUGACAAGAGCAAUGGGUACAUCUUUGCUGGCAUCGAUGCUACUGCAGUCGAAUUCAGCAAAAUCGCAGUCGGUCCUGUUGACUGGGAUUACUAUCGAGUUGCUGCAGUGCAAGAGAAGUACAUGAAGGAUGAUGAAGAUGAUUUUGGCAAGGAUGGCUGAUGACACUAAAGGCUCUUCAGUUUCAAAACUGGGUAUGUUAGAAAACUAUACAUCAUGAUCUUUUCUGACCUUUAGUGGUACUACUUUUGUCAAAUAUUUGUAUCAUUUUGGUGGAUCAUUUGUGGCAUUGGUUGUACAUCAUUACUGAAAUUCAGUGACAUAUGGGUUUGAACUCCCGAUUUCAUGCAUCUUAAGUGACACAUGGGUUCAAGGCUUCAA